GCAAUCCUCUUGCCUCAGGCUCCUGAGUGCUGGGAUUACAGGCAUGUGCCACCAUGCUAGGUUUAAAUGACUCUUCAACUGUGCAGACUAACAACUGCAGAAUAUUUAGGGACUUUCUGAGUAUUUAUUUAGGUUGGGACAAGGGAGGUAGCUUGUGGUACAAAAUUUUGCCUAGUGUGCAGGAGGCCAUGUGUUUAAUCCUCCAGUACCUUAAAAAAAAAAAAAAGAUUAAACAGUGGCUUGAGUUACAUACUUUAAAAUCAAGGAGCAUGUGGUGCUGGAUAUUGGAUUCCUCAGUGACUUUGGAAGGGAAGUGUCAAGUGAGGUCAUCUCUCUAUUCAAGCUGAGGCAAAAAGAUAUUAAGUUCCUCAAAUCAAGCUGUGUUGAGCAUGCCUGUAAUCCCAGUUCUCUGGGAGGCUGAGGCAGAAGGGUCACAAGUUCAAGACCAGCCCUGGAUGACUUAUCGAGACUCUGGCUAUGGCUCCGGGUGCAAGGUCUUUGUUCAGUCUGCAGUAUUGGGGGGAAAAAAAUCAAAGAACUAUGCAAUGCAAGUCAUCUUCCCCUUUCCACGGAGCUCAGUUCAGCUAGUCAGUAGGUAACUAAGAUAUUCAUAAAGAAAAGCCUUGUACGUGAUGAGGUAUAAUGGCUAGUUGCAACAAAAAUACAUAAGAUCCUUACCCUCCGAGGACCUUACUGUUUGGGUAAAACUAGUGGUGUGCUCUAAACCAGUUCUCCAGAAAAAAGAAGACAAAAGUCCUGAUUUGUGGUGCUGGUUAGUUUCUGUGGUAUGUAUGCUCUGAGCAUUAUUGCUUCCAAGCUACUAAACUCAGAGUUGAGAAGAGGUGCGCACAGUAGGUUCUCAGGAGUGGGCAGAGCCAGGUCUGGCAUGAAUUACAGAUACAAGAAGACGUAUGAUAGCAGAAGCUUUUCUGACAAGAUUAAAGCACAGUUCCCAUCCUUGUCCGAGGGCCAUGAUCUUCAGGGUCCUCUUGGAAUCAGUAGUUAUUACUCUGACAUUCCUGGCCUACAGUUGCCAUCUUUCCAACCAAAUGGAGUUACUUGUCCUCCUUGUUUCUGGCAGCAGCCCUAGCCACCUGACUUCAUGUGAAAGAUGGCUAAUGCAGAAGUGAGUGUCCCAGUGGGAGAUGUCGUCGUGGUACCCACUGAAGGGAAUGAAGGGGAGAACCCUGAAGACACCAAAACCCAAGUGAUCUUGCAGUUACAGCCCGUGCAGCAGGGUUUGUUUAUCGAUGGACACUUUUACAACAGGAUUUAUGAACCUGGGUCGGAGAACAGCACAGCAGUUGUAGCAGUAGAAACUCACACAAUACACAAAAUUGAAGAAGGAAUUGAUGCAAGCACUAUAGAAGCAAAUGAGGACAUGGAAAUUGCUUACCCCAUAACUUGUGGGGAGAGCAAAGCCAUCCUCCUCUGGAAGAAGUUUGUGUGUCCAGGAAUAAAUGUGAAGUGUGUCAAGUUCAAUGAUCAGCUGAUUAGCCCCAAGCAUUUUGUUCAUCUGGCUGGCAAGUCCACUCUGAAGGACUGGAAGAGAGCCAUUCGUUUGGGUGGAAUCAUGCUCAGGAAAAUGAUGGACUCUGGACAGAUUGAUUUUUACCAGCAUGACAAAGUGUGCUCCAAUACCUGCAGAAGCACCAAAUUUGAUCUUCUGAUCAGCAGUGCACGAGCUCCAGUGCCGGGACAGCAGACAAGUGUGGUGCAGACACCCACUUCGGCCGAUGGUGGCAUCACACAGAUUGCUAUUUCAGAAGAAAGCAUGGAAGAGGCGGGGCUGGAGUGGAACUCGGCACUCACUGCUGCUGUCACCAUGGCCACAGAGGAGGGUGUGAAGAAAGACUCCGAGGAAAUUUCAGAGGACACUUUGAUGUUCUGGAAAGGAAUAGCUGAUGUAGGGCUGAUGGAAGAGGUUGUCUGCAAUAUCCAGAAGGAAAUAGAGGAGCUACUCAGGGGAGUUCAGCAGCGGCUUCUCCAGGCUCCCUUCCAGGUCACAGAUGCUGCUGCCCUCAACAAUGUAGCGCAUACAUUUGGCCUAAUGGACACAGUCAAGAAGGUUUUGGACAACAGAAGGAACCAGGUAGAACAUGGAGAAGAGCAGUUUCUCUAUACUCUGACAGGGUGCUUAUCAGAUACUAAGCAAUGGAGAAGUUACAAUGUAGAACCUGACUCACCAGUGAUCACCACAGUUGAAUUGGACACUUGGGAAAGGAAUAGUGAUAGGCAUGUAAUGAAAAAGCAACUAAAUUGGCCAUCAGAAGAUUUUUGUCCUGGAGCAAGCACUAUAACCUUAAACUUGGAACGCCAGUUGGAAGAGCAAAAGAAGCAAGCCCAGGAUCAUAGGCUGAAAUCCCAGACGGUUCAAAACGUGGUACUGAUGCCUGUGAGCACUCCUAAACCUCCAAAAAGGCCCCGGCUCCAGCGGCCGGCCUCCACCACUGUCCUGAGCCCUUCUCCUCCUGUCCAGCAGCAGCCUCAGUUCACAGUCAUCUCUCCCAUCACCAUCACCCCGGUGGGUCAGUCCUUCUCCAUGGGCAAUAUUCCCGUGGCCACACUCAGCCAGGGCUCCAGCCCUGUGACUGUGCACACGCUGCCUUCCGGCCCUCAGCUCUUCCGCUACGCCACAGUGGUCUCCUCUGCCAAGAGCAGCUCACCAGACACAGUGACCAUCCACCCUUCGUCUAGCUUGGCACUGCUAAGCUCCACCACCAUGCAGGAUGGCAGUACCCUGGGCAACAUGGCUACCAUGGUGAGCCCUGUGGAGCUGGUGGCCAUGGAGUCCGGCCUGACCUCAGCAAUCCAGGCUGUGGAAAGCGCCUCAGAGGACGGGCAGACCAUCAUUGAAAUUGACCCAGCCCCGGACCCUGAGGCGGAAGACGCUGAGAGCAAAGCAGUCAUCUUGGAGACCGAGCUGAGGACUGAGGAGAAAGUCGUCGCUGAGAUGGAAGAACAUCAGCAUCAAGUCCACAAUGUGGAGAUUGUAGUCUUAGAGGACUGACUGGGAUCUCGGGACCAGGAGAUAUGUUUUGGUUUGGAAUUUUAAUUAUUUGUUUAUUUUUAUCAUUGUCCCACUCAUGUCCACAUAGGAUCCUUUUUUACAAAAACAAAAUCUCAUUGUUGUAACUAAAAAUGUUGGGUUUCUCCCAUCCUCUCAUU